GAGCUUAUUGUUGACGUUUUGAUGAUUGCUGCUUUGGUACUUGGAGGUGGAUUAUGUGCCGGUCUAACACUAAGUUUGAUGGGUUUGGAUUCGGUAAAUUUACAAGUUCUUUCAACCGCAGGAUCGCCAACGGAAAAACGAAAUGCUACAAGAGUUUUACGUUUAUUGGAACGUGGAAGACAUUGGGUUUUGGUUGUUUUAUUAUUGUCAAACGUGAUCGUCAAUGAAGCUUUGCCUGUCUUUCUUUCAGAUUUGGACUUUGGUGGAGGUGUGGCUGCCGUUUUGGUUUCGACAAUUUUGAUCGUCAUCUUUGGUGAGGUGCUGCCUCAAUCCAUUUGCGCUCGAUACGGUCUCUCGAUUGGAGCUGCUUGUGCACCUUUCGUGUGGAUCUUGAUGAUCGUCUUAUCGCCAAUUGCUUGGCCAACUGCUAAGCUGCUGGAUUGGUCGUUAGGAGAAGAUCACGGGACAACGUACAAAAAGGCAGAAUUGAAAACAUUUGUCUCUCUACAUCAACAAUUGGGUACUGAGAACUUGAACGAAGACGAAGUCACAAUCAUCCGAGCAGUUUUGGACUUGAACGACAAAACCGUCAAAGAUGUCAUGACGCCUAUUCAAGAUGUUUUCAUCAUGUCUUCUGAUACCAUCUUGGAUGACGCAGGAGUGGGAAAAUUGGUGCAAAGCGGUUAUUCACGUGUGCCAGUUCAUGAAAAAGGAAAGCCAGACAGUAUUAUCGGAAUGUUGUUGGUCAAAGAUUUGAUCUCAUACGAUCCAGAUGAUGGAAAAGAGGUGGCCAGCUUCCAAUUGCGUCCUUUGCCAGAGACUGCUCCUGACCUUACCCUGCUUUCGACUUUGAACUACUUCCAGACCGGACGAUCACAUAUGUUGCUCGUUAGCAAUAGCCCAGGAGAGCCAAAAGGUGCAAUUGGAAUUGUGACAUUGGAAGAUGUUGUGGAAGAGUUGAUCGGAGAAGAAAUCAUUGAUGAGACUGAUGUUUGGGUGGAUGUGCAUAACCGUGUUCGGGUGACGAGGAAUCCAAAAGAAACCGCACCAAGCAAUGCAGAUUUAGGACCUUUAGUUCGUGGAAUUAUCGAACGUCGUCGUAUGGGAGGAUUGAAACAAAAAGCCGGCUCUACUGCACCUUUGAACAAGACGGUAGACCGUGUUUUGGUAAAAGGAAAUGAUCAAUCUGCCCGG